AUGGCCAGCAACGAUGCCAAAAGACUUCUAAAAGCUCUGAUUGUUGCUGUGACGGCAUUCUUCGGGUCGGCCAUUGACCAUCAGAACAAGGACCAGGCGCCCAUAAAAAUCAUCAGAUCAUCAAAUACCAAGCAGCCUGCAAAGACCCGCAGUAGCAGACGUACCGUUGGGCCAGACAGCAGGAAGCAUCAACAACAAUCUGUCACAGCUGUGAUCUCAGAUAACUAG